AAAAAAAGAGGAAGCCCCGUCCGGUGUCCUUGAUUUCCGUUUCGCAACCGAGGCGGUGGAGCUCCGGUUUGGGGUGUCCCUCCCCCCCCAGCUUCUUUUAAUCCUGUCCUUCAAGAGCGAGGGCAGUCGGCGGCCCUUGCGCGGGUCUGCCGUUUAAGGGCUUCGGCAACCAGGUUCUGCAUCCCGGAGGUUUGACUGGGUGGCGUCUAAGUUUGCAGCCGGGGGAUCUUUGGACGGGUCGAUAUGCUGGAGCUUCAGAUUUGCAUAGUCUGACUUGAAAGUACGCUGCAGUUCUUAGUUCUCGGUUCCCAGGUGUUGUUUCCCCUGAUCCUUGGGCCUUCUGCUUGUCCAAAAUUCCCGCACAAAGCCGGCUUUUCGAGCUUCCCUGCUCUGGGCUCUCUGCUUUUCGAAAGCCCCUCCUGCGUGGGCAGCAAGCGUCUCUUCCACCGACGAUCCUAACAAAUUCAUGACAUCCUGCUAAGGCAGAGGUGUGUUACACAUGGGGUUGGGGCAACUUGGAGGAAGUUGCUUUUAUUCAGCCAGUGCAUUCUCUGCUGGAUUCCUGUUUGCAAUAAGUCAAAUCUGGAGGAAACGUCCGAGAGGUGACCUAACCAGAGAUAAACACAUUCUGUCUUUUUGCUUGGAGUCUCUUCUUCUCCCUGGUAUCAAUCUCCUAUCUGGCACGUUGGAAGCACAACCGGAGAAUGUCCCCUUUGUGGCCCGUGCACACUCUUUACCUGAAGGCUGUCACAUCUGCCCUUUGCUUGCCUUUCUAGAAACGGAUGUCGGUGACCGAAGCGGGGAUCAAGUACCCAGAGACCACAGAAGGAGGUCGCCCCAAGCUUGGGGGGUUAAUGGAUCCUCGCCAAGGUGUCAUCGAAAGGACCGGACGGUGCCAGACGUGUGCAGGCAACAUGACUGAAUGUCCUGGCCAUUUUGGCCACAUUGAGCUGGCCAAGCCCGUCUUCCAUGUCGGCUUCUUAGGGAAGACCAUGAAAGUCCUCCGCUGCGUUUGUUUCUUCUGCUCCAAACUGCUGGUGGACUCUAACAACCCGAAGAUCAAAGACAUCUUGGCGAAAUCCAAGGGCCAGCCGAAGAAGCGGUUGACUCACGUCUACGAUCUCUGCAAAGGCAAGAACAUCUGCGAGGGGGGAGAAGAGAUGGACAACAAGUUCGGGGUGGAGCAGCCGGAAGGUGACGAGGACCUCACCAAGGAAAAGGGCCACGGGGGCUGCGGGCGCUACCAGCCGAGGAUCCGUCGCUCGGGCUUGGAGCUGUAUGCCGAGUGGAAGCACGUGAAUGAGGACUCGCAAGAGAAGAAGAUCCUGCUGAGCCCUGAACGCGUCCAUGAGAUCUUCAAGCGGAUAUCUGACGAGGAGUGCUUCAUCUUGGGCAUGGACCCCAAAUACGCCCGGCCCGAGUGGAUGAUUUGCACCGUGCUGCCGGUCCCUCCGCUCUCGGUCAGACCGGCCGUCGUCAUGCAAGGCUCGGCCAGGAAUCAGGAUGACUUGACUCACAAGCUGGCCGACAUCGUGAAAAUCAACAAUCAGCUGCGGAGAAAUGAACAGAACGGGGCGGCCGCUCACGUCAUCGCAGAAGAUGUCAAGCUUCUCCAGUUCCACGUGGCCACCAUGGUGGACAACGAGCUGCCAGGACUGCCCCGUGCGAUGCAGAAAUCAGGCCGGCCGCUAAAGUCUCUGAAGCAGCGGCUGAAGGGGAAAGAGGGGCGUGUGCGGGGGAACCUGAUGGGGAAACGUGUGGAUUUCUCGGCCCGGACAGUCAUCACGCCGGACCCCAACCUCUCCAUCGACCAGGUGGGCGUUCCUCGAUCGAUCGCCGCCAACAUGACCUUUGCAGAGAUUGUGACUCCUUUCAACAUUGACAGGCUGCAGGAGUUGGUGCGCAGAGGGAACAGUCAGUAUCCCGGAGCCAAGUACAUCAUCCGGCACAAUGGUGACAGGAUCGACCUCCGUUUUCACCCUAAGCCCAGUGACCUGCACUUGCAGACCGGGUACAAGGUGGAGCGACACAUGUGUGAUGGAGACAUUGUCAUUUUCAACCGCCAGCCGACCCUGCACAAGAUGUCCAUGAUGGGCCACAGAGUUCGUAUCCUGCCGUGGUCCACCUUCCGACUUAAUCUCAGUGUGACCACCCCAUACAACGCUGACUUUGACGGCGAUGAAAUGAACCUGCACCUUCCCCAGUCCUUGGAAACCCGGGCAGAGAUCCAGGAGCUGGCCAUGGUGCCCCGUAUGAUCGUCACGCCCCAAUCCAACAGGCCUGUCAUGGGCAUCGUGCAGGACACGUUGACAGCUGUCCGCAAGUUCACCAAGAGGGAUGUCUUCCUGGAGAGGGGUGAAGUGAUGAACCUGCUGAUGUUCCUGUCCACCUGGGAUGGCAAAGUCCCUCAGCCGGCCAUCCUCAAGCCUCGCCCGCUCUGGACUGGGAAGCAGAUCUUCUCCCUGAUUAUCCCAGGACACAUCAACUGUAUCCGGACCCACAGCACACAUCCGGAUGAUGAAGACAGUGGCCCGUACAAGCACAUCUCUCCGGGAGACACCAAGGUCAUUGUGGAAAACGGAGAGCUGAUCAUGGGCAUCUUGUGCAAGAAGUCUCUGGGCACCUCAGCUGGCUCCCUGGUCCACAUCUCCUACCUGGAGAUGGGCCAUGAUGUCACUCGCUUGUUCUACAGCAACAUCCAGACAGUCAUCAACAAUUGGCUGCUGAUUGAAGGACACACCAUUGGUAUCGGGGACUCCAUUGCCGAUGCCAAGACCUACCAGGACAUCCAGAACACGAUCAAGAAAGCCAAACAGGAUGUGAUUGAGGUCAUUGAGAAAGCACACAACAACGAACUGGAGCCCACGCCUGGCAACACCCUGCGCCAGACCUUUGAGAACCAGGUCAAUCGGAUCCUGAACGAUGCCCGAGACAAGACAGGCUCCUCUGCCCAGAAGUCCCUCUCCGAGUACAACAACUUCAAGUCCAUGGUGGUCUCCGGGGCCAAAGGCUCCAAGAUCAACAUCUCCCAGGUCAUCGCUGUGGUGGGGCAGCAGAACGUGGAAGGGAAGCGCAUCCCCUUUGGCUUCAAGCACCGCACGCUGCCCCACUUCAUCAAGGACGACUACGGGCCCGAGAGCAGGGGCUUUGUGGAGAACUCCUACUUGGCCGGUCUUACCCCCACGGAGUUCUUCUUCCACGCCAUGGGAGGCAGAGAGGGGCUGAUCGACACGGCAGUCAAGACCGCGGAAACAGGUUACAUCCAGCGUCGACUGAUCAAGUCCAUGGAGUCCGUCAUGGUGAAAUACGACGCCACCGUGCGCAACUCCAUCAACCAGGUGGUGCAGCUGCGUUACGGGGAGGACGGGCUGGCUGGGGAGAGCGUGGAGUUCCAGAACCUGGCCACCCUCAAGCCAUCCAACAAAGCUUUUGAAAAGAAGUUCAAGUUCGAUUAUACCAAUGAGCGGGCACUGCGGCGGACACUGCAAGAGGAGAUGGUGAAGGACAUUCUUAGUAACGCUCACAUCCAGAAUGAGCUGGAGAGGGAGUUCGAGAAGAUGAAGGAGGACCGGGAGGUGUUGAGAGUCAUCUUCCCCACAGGAGACAGCAAGGUAGUCCUUCCUUGCAACCUGCUGCGCAUGAUCUGGAAUGCCCAGAAGAUUUUCCACAUCAAUACGCGCCUCCCCUCCGACUUGCACCCCAUCAAGGUGGUGGAGGGCGUGAAGGAGCUGAGCAAGAAGCUGGUGAUUGUGAACGGGGACGAUCCUCUGAGCAAGCAGGCCCAGGAGAACGCCACCCUGCUCUUCAACAUCCACCUGCGCUCCACGCUCUGCAGUCGGCGCAUGAUUGAAGAGUUCCGGCUCAGCGGGGAGGCCUUCGACUGGCUGCUGGGAGAAAUCGAAUCCAAGUUCAACCAGGCCAUCGCUCAUCCUGGUGAGAUGGUGGGGGCGUUGGCUGCCCAGUCCCUGGGAGAGCCUGCGACCCAGAUGACCCUCAACACCUUCCAUUAUGCUGGGGUCUCUGCCAAAAAUGUGACCCUGGGAGUGCCUCGGCUCAAGGAACUGAUCAACAUUUCCAAGAAGCCCAAGACCCCUUCCUUGACUGUCUUCCUCCUCGGCCAAUCUGCCCGUGACGCUGAGAGGGCCAAGGACAUCCUUUGCCGCUUGGAGCACACAACCCUCCGCAAGGUGACGGCCAACACGGCCAUCUACUACGACCCCAACCCUCAGAACACAGUGGUGGCCGAGGACCAGGAGUGGGUGAAUGUCUACUAUGAGAUGCCCGACUUUGAUGUUACCCGCAUCUCCCCUUGGCUGCUAAGGGUGGAGCUGGACCGCAAGCACAUGACUGACCGCAAGCUCACCAUGGAACAGAUUGCCGAGAAGAUCAAUGCUGGCUUUGGAGAUGACCUCAACUGCAUCUUCAACGAUGACAACGCAGAGAAGUUGGUGCUGCGGAUUCGCAUCAUGAACAGUGAUGAGAACAAGAUGCAGGAGGAGGAAGAGGUGGUGGACAAAAUGGAUGACGACGUCUUCCUGCGCUGCAUCGAGUCCAACAUGCUGACAGACAUGACCCUUCAAGGCAUUGAGCAAAUCAGCAAGGUGUACAUGCACCUGCCCCAGACCGACAACAAGAAGAAAAUCAUAAUCACAGAAGACGGCGAGUUCAAAGCUCUGCAGGAGUGGAUCUUGGAAACCGAUGGUGUGAGCCUCAUGCGUGUGCUGAGCGAGAAAGAUGUGGACCCCGUGCGCACCACCUCCAAUGACAUCGUGGAGAUUUUCACGGUGCUGGGCAUCGAGGCUGUGAGGAAGGCUCUGGAACGAGAGUUGUACCACGUCAUCUCCUUUGAUGGCUCGUACGUCAACUAUCGCCACUUGGCCCUGCUCUGUGACACCAUGACCUGCCGCGGGCAUUUGAUGGCCAUCACGCGGCAUGGCGUCAACCGCCAGGACACGGGGCCUCUCAUGAAGUGCUCCUUUGAAGAGACGGUUGAUGUCUUGAUGGAAGCCGCCGCCCACGGUGAGAGCGAUCCCAUGAAGGGGGUCUCAGAAAACAUCAUGCUGGGCCAGCUCGCGCCUGCUGGCACCGGUUGCUUUGACCUCCUGCUGGACGCUGAGAAAUGCAAAUACGGCAUGGAGAUCCCCACCAACAUUACCGGGCUGGGUGUCGGGGGCCCUACGGGCAUGUUCUUCGGCUCUGCGCCCAGCCCCAUGGGCGGGGUGUCGCCUGCCACAACCCCGUGGAACCAAGGUGCCACACCAGCCUACGGCGCGUGGUCGCCAAGUGUUGGGAGCGGAAUGACUCCCGGGGCUGCUGGUUUCUCUCCCAGCGCAGCUUCAGAUGCCAGCGGUUUCAGCCCUGGGUAUUCCCCAGCCUGGUCACCCACCCCGGGGUCUCCUGGCUCUCCAGGGCCUUCCAGCCCGUACAUUCCAUCACCAGGCGGUGCCAUGUCGCCCAGCUAUUCCCCAACCUCACCCGCCUAUGAGCCACGCUCCCCGGGAGUAUACACGCCCCAAAGCCCCAGCUACAGCCCCACCUCGCCCUCCUACAGUCCCACAUCUCCUUCUUACUCUCCUACUAGUCCAAAUUACAGCCCCACCAGCCCCAGCUACAGCCCCACCUCGCCAAGUUACUCCCCCACUAGCCCCAGCUACAGCCCAACGAGUCCCAGCUACAGCCCAACCAGUCCCAGCUACAGCCCAACGUCCCCUAGCUAUUCUCCAACCAGCCCCAGCUACAGCCCCACCAGCCCUAGUUACAGCCCAACGUCACCCAGCUACAGUCCCACCAGCCCAAGUUACAGCCCGACAUCGCCCAGCUACAGCCCUACCAGCCCGAGUUACAGCCCAACAUCACCCAGCUACAGCCCAACAUCGCCCAGCUACAGCCCUACCUCUCCUAGCUAUAGUCCCACCAGCCCUAAUUAUAGCCCAACAUCUCCAAAUUAUACCCCCACUUCCCCCAGCUACAGCCCUACUUCCCCCAGCUACAGCCCAACCUCUCCUAAUUACACCCCAACUUCUCCAAACUACAGCCCGACAUCUCCCAGUUACUCCCCUACCAGCCCCUCCUACAGUCCUACCUCGCCCAGCUACUCUCCCUCCAGCCCUCGCUAUACCCCACAGUCACCCACUUACACCCCUUCAUCGCCUAGCUACAGCCCCAGCUCGCCCAGCUACAGCCCCACCAGCCCCAAGUACACCCCGACCAGCCCGUCCUACAGCCCCAGCUCUCCAGAGUACACCCCGACCAGCCCCAAGUACAGCCCGACCAGCCCCAAGUACAGCCCCACUUCGCCCACCUACAGCCCGACCACACCAAAAUACAGCCCGACCAGCCCCACCUACUCGCCGACAUCGCCUGUGUACACCCCGACAUCACCCAAGUACAGCCCGACGAGUCCUACUUACUCGCCCACCUCCCCCAAGUACAGCCCGACCUCUCCCACCUAUUCGCCCACCUCCCCCAAAGGCUCCACUUACUCCCCGACCUCUCCCGGCUACAGCCCCACAUCGCCCACCUACAGCCUCACCAGCCCGGCCAUCAGCCCCGACGACAGCGACGAAGACAACUGAAGAGGCGCCUGGCGGGCCGAAGAGGAGUUGGGGUGUGACCGCGGGGUGACGACGUGAUGAUUUGUGGAGGAGUCUGGGCGCUUGGGGAGGUGGGGGAGAAAUUCGGGGGUCCUGGUGGUUGACCGGCCCAGUUGCCAAAGGAGAACCAAGGGUUUGUUCAGAGCUGCCUCCCUGGAUCCUGCCUGCUUCGGAGAAGGCCUUGAUCCUUUACUUUUGACCUUUUUUCCCACCCUAUUUUUAUCUUUCAGAAAAAAAAGCCAACCUUGUAAAUACUUGCAUAGACUCCGUAAUAAACCCACAAAAUCUGUACUUUAUGGGGUAACUGGGGGGUACCCUGACUCCUGCUCAGCCCGUUGAAAUGAAGCCAAGUUCUGCCCCCGCCGGGGGCCCCUGGCAUCGGCAGCCACCACUCUUCCCCCGUUGCCCGCUGGAACUAUAUAGUAUGUUCUCGGUGUAUCUGUUGGGAGUUAUUUAUGUUGAAAACUAGAAGGUUUCUUGACUUUGGUGCAUUAUGUCCCACUUUCUUCCUCUCCGGGGUGGGGGUCCGAGAAUUGAAAGCUCUCAUACCAACCUUGUUUUUAACGUGAACUUUUUGGUCUGGUUUUGGCUGAGCUUUGGUCCUGCAUAGCAUGUUUAAAAAAUUCAGAACUUUCCCCUGGUUGUGCUUCUUUCCUGCUGACGGGGGGCGGGGGGGCGGAGAGCCUUUUAUGUGACAGUGGGACUGUAGUAAAACAGGCAGCAACAGAGGAAGGAAGCGGAAGGAGGGCAAUCAAGGCGACGUUAUUUUGUUGAGUGUUUGGAAUUCUUGCUUUUUCUCUGCGCUCGAAAUGGUAACUUUCUGGAAAAAAAAUAAAAACUUUUUUU